AUGGAAUCAGUUGGACGUGCCCGUGGACGUGGCCGAGCUAAUUUGUUUAAUUUAACUGGUCAAACGGAAUCUAGUCCUCGGCCAGGUGCAUUUGCCAAUGCUGCUGUAGCUGCUUCAACAUUUUCCACGAUCAGCUCGGCCUCAUCAAUUCUAACAACAGCUACACCAACCGAGAAACAACCGGCAACAUCAACAGGCACUACUUUUCAACCUGUAUCUUCAACAACAAAGUCAACAGUUGAUAAACCUCGCCGUGGCAAUGCACCAGUUAUCAUGACAGCACCACGUGGCAAAGGCGUCGAACAUCUUGUUUCGGAUUUCGCUGCUCUGUCAACUGGCGAACGUCAGGGUGGCUCAGGACGGGGCACACCAUGGUCAAACACAGCUCCGCCCAAAACAAAACCAAGUCAUAUCGAAGAUAAACGAGGUGUCAGCGGUGAUCCAAUUAGUAUUGUUGCGAAUUAUAUUCGGAUUUUAUCAAAACCGUCAUGGCAAUUGUAUCAAUAUCAUAUUGACUUCAAUCCGGAAGAAAUGGUCGUCCAACGUAAAAUGCGUCGAGAGAUGAUUCUUCAACAUAAAAACGUUCUGAAAGAUGUGGCAUUUGACGGAGCGACUCUUUACUCUUUUGAAUAUAUUGGCGAUGAACGUACCUUUCAAUGUCAACAUACAGUUACAGGUGAUCCAAUUGAAAUGCGUCUCCGAUUAACAGCAAAAAAUUCCCCUGACUCGCCGAAUUUCUUUCAUCUUGCUAAUCUAAUCGUACGAAAAUUAUUAGAACUAUCUGGCCUAAGACUAAUCGGUCGAAAUUAUUAUCAAUUUGAUCGAAAAGUGGAUUUGGAACGUUAUCGUUUAACACUUUUUCCAGGUUUUCUAACAAAUGUUAACAUAUACGAAGGUUCAUUAAUGAUCAAUGUUGAUCUAUCCCACAAGGUUUUGAACAAAACCACUGUGUUCAAUCGUCUUCAAGACAUAUUCACCCAAUUUGUUGAUUUUAAACGUGCACAAGACGAAGCAACAAAAGAACUUGUUGGACAAAUUGUAUUGACAACUUACAACUCGAAAACAUACAAAAUUGAUGAAAUUGCAUGGGAUAAAUCACCCAAUUAUACAUUCAAAAAGCGUGAUGGCACCGAUGAAACAUUGGUUAAGUAUUAUUAUGAUCGUUAUCAGUUGAAGAUCGAAGAUACGACUCAACCAUUACUGAUCAGUAAACCAUCGAAAAAAGAUCGUCGUGCUGGACAAACAGGUCCACUGAUGCUUAUUCCAGAAUUAUGCUGUGUCACCGGUAUCUCUGAUGUUAUGCGAUCAGAUUUUCAAUUUAUGAAAGAAUUGGCCACCCAUACUCAUAUUGGUCCAAUGGCUCGUUUUGACAAACUAACUGAAUUUUGUCAUGAUAUUCAAAACAGUCAAGAAGCACGAGAUGAAUUAAAGAAAUGGGAGAUUAGUUUAGAUACUGGUUUAGUCGAAUUCGAUGGUCGUCUUCUUGAAUCCGAGCAAAUUCUCUAUGCAAACCGAUCGAUUCGAUAUAAACAUGAUGAAGCUGAUUGGAGCCGAGAAGGUCGUAGUUUAAAACAUAUAUCAUGUAAAAAUCUCAAACAUUGGAUAGUUUUCUAUCCAUCAUCUUUACGCGAACUUGGCGAUGAACUUAUCAAUGCACUCCAUCAAGUAUGUUUACCAUUCGGUAUGGAAGUUGAAUAUCCCAAUGUAAUUCAACUACCAAAUGAUCGUCCGGAAACGUAUUUAAGUGUUUUACCAGAAAAAAUUCAGAAAAAUACCGAUCUUGUUCUUUGCAUCCUACCGAAUAAUCGUAAGGAUCGAUAUGAUGCUUUGAAGAAAUACAUGUGUUUGGAUAAUCCUGUGCCAUCUCAAAUGGUUUUAGCAAAAACGAUCUCGAAGAAGAAUCAAUUGAUGUCCGUAGCAACUAAAGUUGGUAUUCAAUUGAACGCAAAACUCGGCGGAGAAAUUUGGGGUGUGACGAUACCGUCAAAAACAUUAAUGGUUAUUGGUAUGGAUUCAUAUCACGAUUCAAAACGAAAAGGUGCUAGUGUAGGCGCAUUCGUUGCAUCGACCAAUGUUACAUGUACUCGAUAUUAUUCUCGUAUUAUUUAUAAUCGCACAGCACAAGAAUUAAUGGAUGGUUUGCAACAAUGCAUGCGAGAUUCAUUGAAAGAAUAUCAUCGCGUGAAUAACACCCUGCCGGAAAAAAUUGUACUCUAUCGAGAUGGUGUUUCGGAUGGGCAAUUAGCUGUUGUUGCUGAGCAUGAAUUACCACAAAUCAUUGAUACUUUUCCAAAGAUCAUGCCGGGAUACCAACCAAAAUUAGCCGUAGUUAUUGUGAAGAAAAGAGGCAAUGCUCGAUUCUUUGCAAAAAUGGGUAGUACAUCCAUGAUGAAUCCACCACCAGGUACAAUUAUCGAUCAUACCGUGACGAAUGCGGAAUGGUAUGAUUUCUAUUUAAUCUCUCAAUGCGCACGCCAAGGCACUGUUGCACCUACACAUUACAAUGUCAUCUGGGAUCGAACAAAUUUCAAAGUUGAUCACAUGCAACGGCUUACUUUUAAACUCACACAUUUAUACUAUAAUUGGCCAGGUACCAUCCGUGUACCAGCUGUUUGUCAAUAUGCUCAUAAAUUAGCUUUUCUGGUUGGUCAAAGUUUACAUCAGGACUUUAAUCCUGAACUUGCUGAUCGUCUUUUCUACCUUUAA